GUCCCGGUAAGUCUUACGCCCUGCUAGGGUUUGUCAUGCCUCACUUGAACCCGCGGCGCCAUUGGCGCGACCAUCCAGCCGCCUUCAUCUCGCAAAAACAGCAAUACGCCGACGAGCAAGCUCUUGUUUUCCACGACAUCGACUACAUCAUGAUCACGAUCCGCUUGCUGAUGAAGGACUACGUGCAUCUUGCGCAGCGGCUAGUGCCGAUCGGCCGCCAGAUGGACCUGACCAUCAGCGAGACGGCGGAGCUGUUGAAAAGAAAGACGAGAGCAUUUGGAGAGGAGGAGAUCAGAGCCAAGUUUGGCAGGGUGUGAUGGGCGCAUGCUGUGCGUGACCAAAAGACAUGAAAAAAAGGUGAAGAGCAGAAUUUAAAAAAGUCUUUCAGCA